UUAGUUAUUCAAUUUUACAUAAAAAAAAAUUUUUAUAGAAAAUAUACAUUAUUUCUUUUUUUUUUCUCCAUCAUACUGUAGACGGGAGUCACUGUAGAAUUAGCAACCAGUCGAGGAUCAACCGAGCAACCGGCAAGACCCUCUCACUUUUUCCAUCCACCAGUUGCCUCCAUCAACAAAUUAAAACAACAAAUUAUUUAAUUAAUUAACAACCAAUAAAUCCAGUUCGACGACGAAAACCGCUGGACAACAAAAAAUACCCACAAAAGAUGUCGCAGCCCUGGAAGACAGUAUUCGUGACAGGAGGUGCUGGAUACAUCGCCUCCCACUGCAUCGUAGAGCUGUUGUCCUCAGGUUACGAAGUGAUCGCCAUCGACAACUUCUCCAACAGUGUCUCAUCCUCAGGUACAGCAGCAGCUCUAGCCCGAGUAGAAGAAAUAACGGGUAAAACAAUAAAAUUUUACACCUGCGACCUGACAAAUCGCGAGGAGUUAUCGAGAGUCUUCAAGGCUCACACGAUCGACUGCGUGAUUCACUUCGCAGCGAUAAAAGCUGUUGGAGAAUCGAUGCAGGUGCCACUGCACUACUACAGGAACAACGUAAUUGGUGCUAUAAAUCUUCUGGAGGUGAUGAAAGAGUCGAGAUGUUUUCAUCUGGUGUUCUCGAGCUCCUGUACAGUCUAUGGCGAGCCUGAUUACCUUCCAAUAACUGAGGAUCACCCAGUGGGGAAUAUAACGAACGUCUACGGCAGGACCAAGUACUUCAUCGAGGAAAUGCUGAAGGACAUCUCCAGGGCAGAGAAAACAUGGAACAUCAUCUGCUUGAGGUAUUUUAAUCCAGUGGGGGCUCAUCCCAGUGGAUUAAUCGGUGAAGAUCCCACAAAACCCUUCACCAAUCUCAUGCCCUUCAUCGCACAAGUUGCCCUCAGGCACAAGGACAAGUUGACCAUCUUCGGGGGUGAUUAUCCAACCCCUGAUGGCACUGGAAUACGAGAUUACAUUCACGUGAUGGAUCUGGCUGCUGGGCAUGUGGCAGCACUUGCUGCUCUCCAGAAAUGCCCUCAGAGGCUCAGGGUUUAUAACCUGGGGACUGGCGAGGGUGUGUCUGUUCUGAAUCUCAUCAAGACCUUCGAGAGAGUCACUGGGACUAAUGUACCUUAUGUCAUCCAGGAGAGGAGGGAAGGGGAUAUUGUCAGCAUGUGGGCAAAUGCUGAUUUGGCAAGGGAGGAAUUAGGAUGGACCAGCAGACUCACCGUUGAGGAUAUGUGCAGGGACUUCUGGAAGUGGCAGACGAUGAAUCCUUUUGGGUAUCGGGGAGCUGUCAAUGGAAAGUCUCAGCAUGACUGAGGCAAUUUCAA